AAACAUAUUGGUCACAAGGAAGACGUACAAGUGGUUAGAAAAUGUUACGUCGGUUGAAAACAGUUUCUUCCGCCCUAUCCCGGCACAGAGCAGUUAGCACUUGGUCACCGCUGACUACCGCUUUUAACACUCGUCCUGAGAAAAGGAUCAAUUUCACCAAAAAUGAAGUGGGUUUAUUUGGAGUGCCCGAGCUCACAACAUACGAGGGUUUCUAUGUGCUUAAGGAGAAGGCAAUGUUCAAGACGGACGAUCUCAUCGAGGAAGCAACUUCGGCUGAUCGCACUCGGAAGAUGGUGACCAUAUUCGACGAGCUUUCCGACACCCUAUGCAAGGUGGCCGACCUGUCUGAGUUCAUUCGGUUGGCACACCCGUCACCAAACUUUUGCCACGCAGCCGAAGAUGCUUGUAUCACGAUUAGUGGAAUCGUAGAGAAACUGAACACGCAUAAACCGCUCUAUCGCGUCUUGAGAGCAGUUGUCGACCAGGGUGACCGGCUAGAGACGACCGAUGUUGAUAAGCAUGUGGCGGAACUUUUCCUCUUUGACUUCGAGCAGUGCGGUAUUCAUUUAGAAGAGGCAGCACGUCAACGAGUGGUGCAUCUGAACGAUUGCAUUUUGCAGUUCGGCCAGCGCUUUAUGGCUGGUGCCGUCCACCCGAGAAGCAUCUCGAAGAAUGUUCUGCCCGAAAACAUCCGUCAUUUCUUCUCGGCAGAUGGAGAGAAUGUCCUCGUAUCCGGAUUAUACGCCGAUUCCGCCAACAGUAUGGCCCGUGAAGCGGCUUACCGUUUGUUUCUCUACCCGGACGCCCAGCAGGAGCAUCUGCUGUCGGAAAUGUUAAAGUCCCGGCAUGAACUGGCGACCAUUUGCGGCUUUCCAACAUAUGCGCACCGUGCCCUGAAGGCCAGCACGGUAGAAACGCCCGAAAUGGUAGGCCAGUUCUUGGACGAGCUUAACGAACAAUUGCGACCACGUGCUGCAAAAGACUUCGUCGUGAUGCAGCAGAGGAAAUCGGCCGAAUGUGGCUUCGAAAAUCCGUUGGCACCGUGGGACACGCCAUACUUUACGUCCUCGCUGAAGCGCAACUAUCUGCAGGCAAAUGCGUCCGAGUUUUCGCCCUACUUUAGCCUGGGAGCCUGCAUGGAAGGGUUGAAUCUGCUGAUGAACAGUUUGUAUGGCAUCACGCUCAAAAACACCGAAAUGGGACCAGGCGAGUCGUGGUCGAGCGACAUCUACAAGCUGGCAGUCACGCACGAAACGGAAGGCCUGCUCGGAUACAUCUACUGCGAUCUAUUCGAGCGCCAGGGCAAACCCAACCAAGACUGCCAUUUCACCAUCCAGGGUGGCAAGGUGAUGCCGGACGGUAGCUACCAGAAUCCGAUCGUCGUCGUCAUGCUGAACCUGUCCUCUCCGCGCUGGUCUGGGCCGACGCUGCUGACACCCUCGAUGGUGGACAAUCUGUUUCACGAAAUGGGCCACGCCAUGCACUCGAUGCUGGCUCGCACCGAGUACCAGCAUGUGACCGGAACGCGCUGCAGUACCGACUUUGCCGAAGUACCCUCGGUGCUGAUGGAGUAUUUCGCUUCCGAUCCGCGAGUGUUGCGGUCCUUUGCGCGCCAUUUUCAAACGCAAGAACCGAUGCCGGAGGAAAUGCUGGAACGACUAUGCGUCUCGAAAAUUCUCUUUGCAGCGAGUGAAUCCCAGCUGCAGGUGUUUUAUUCCGCGUUGGACCAAGUUUACCACGGGAACCCGGAACAGCACGGCAAAAGCACUACCGAAACACUGCAUGCAGUGCAGGACAAGUAUUACGGUUUACCCUACGUCGAAAAUACAGCCUGGCAGUUGCGGUUCUCACAUCUAGUUGGCUACGGUGCGAAGUAUUACUCCUAUCUCAUAUCGCGUGCCGUAGCUUCCUGGAUCUGGCAGACGUACUUCGAACGGGAUCCCUUCAGCAGGACGCAAGGAGAAAAGUACCGCCGUGGAUGUCUAGCUUACGGCGGUGGCAUCCCUAGCCGCCUACUGGUAUCGAACUUUCUCGGUCGGGAAAUUACGCCAGCCAACUUGACGUCUAGUUUAAUCAAUGAGAUCGAUAUGUAUAGCGAGCGGUUGAGAAGUAUCGAUGGUCGCUUUCGGUAGGUAGGAAAUAAACCGAUCCGUUAGCUAAAGGGGGUCGUUCUUCAAAAUACAAUAGAUGUGAUAAUGUGAACCGUUUUGUAAAAUAGACACGUGAAACC